CGCGCACGAAGAAGAAGCGCGCGAAGGGGCGGAGCUUCAGUGCAGCUGAGCGACGUGUUCUAAUCAUCAAAUGUUAGCAGUUCAUUCAUCACUGAAGAAAUGGUGUUAUUAGAAAACGACGCGUUCCUCACUGAACUUACACGUCUGUUCCAGAAGUGCAGGACCAGCGGCAGUGUCGUCAUCACACUAAAGAAGUACGAUGGCAGAACGAAGCCGGUCCCCAAGAAAGGCCAUCCGGAGACGUUUGAACCGGCCGACAACAAAUGUCUCAUCAGAGCUUCAGAGGGCAAGAAGAAAAUCAGCACAGUGGUCAGCACUAAAGAAGUUAUAAAGUUUCAGAUGGCGUAUUCGAACUUGUUGCGCGCUCACAUGGACGGCCUGAAAAAGAAAGACAAAAAGAGUAAGAGUAAAAAAACUAAAGCCACAUAGUGACGGGCCGUCUCGGAGUGAAAGACAGGUGUGAUUCAACACUGGCCAGUGCCACUCCGCCUUCCCAUCAGCCCCGGCUCACGCCAGUAACUUCAACAGGAAGUGACUUCAGCAGUGGCAUCAUGGGGAAGAACCUGCCAACGUUUGACAUCUGCUGCUCCAAACCGAGGAAACCACAUCUGAUUCGUCUUUACGUGAUUUAAUGACCGUUUUCAGUUCGUUAGGGAUGCAGAUCAUGUGCUCUAGAAUAUAUUCGUUCAUAUUUCAAGCCAUAUUUUGAUUUAAACAAGUGUUUUAUAUGAUGAGUGAGUGAACCGGGAACUUUCUCCUCAUGUUGAAUAAUUUUAGUUCUCCAGUGUUUAUUUCAUUGAAUUGAAAGCCCAUUUAUUGAACGUAAUUGCCACUCUUUCUUAUUUGAGAUAAACGAAACACCUUGGAUUUGCUAAUACAUUAUUUCUUUUAUUGAGUUUGACAUCUCUAAUCAUUGUUUCCGUCAUCGUGAGGAUAUCCCAAAGACUCCAGAAUCAGAGACGUGAACAUUAUGUACUGUACAAAAAGACAAAUGAAGAAUUGAAAUAAAUACAGUAUGUUCACAA